AUGCAGUAUUCCUGGCUGCCACAGGAGCGACGUGAACCCGUUAUCCGGGAGAGACCACCAGUGGUCAUCUCCAGGAGUCGCUUCCAACGAAUCUGUGCCAAUGCCAGCCAGGCAGCCAAACAGGAGCAACUGCAUCUGCAGCAGCUGCGCCAUGAGGCUGACGAGAAACUCCGCAUUGGCGGCGAGGAGCUUCUCAAAAAAUUCGCUGGUCGCAAUCUGUGCAUCUCCCGGGAGGAGGAGUGUGCCCGGGAGUUGCAGCAGAAACAGAAUCAAGAACUCGAAGCCAAACGCCUGGCGGAGGAGGAGACCAAGGCAUCGCGCCUGGAGCAUCAGAAAACCCGUCAAAAGCGCAUAGAGGCAGCUCAGCAGCUGUUGGAGCAACUGCGUCCUGGUCCCCGAGAGCUACAGUGUGCCCGGCUGCAGAGUGAGGUCCUGCGAAGCGUCAACGCCCAGCGACAGGUGCAGGCGGAGUUUGCCAAGGCCAAUCAAAGGCAGGCGGAUCUAGACAGGCAGGUGUAUCAGGAGCAGGUGUUCCGAGGCUUUGAAGAGGCCCAAAAGCGUCACGCGGAGCACUGCCAGCAGCUGGGCGAGCACAAAAAGGAGCUGCUGCAGGCCAUUGCGGAGAGGGAAAGGGAAAGACAGGCCGCUAAAGCCGAGGAGCUGGAGCAAUCCCGCCUAGAACGGGAGCGCAAUCAGCGCCAGUUGAAGGAGCAGCAGGACAAGGAGAAGGAGCAACAAGCAGCCAAGCAACGCCAGAAGAGGGAAGAGGCUCUGGCCUCCCUGGCCAUGUCCGAGCAGCGCCAGCAGCGUCUCCAAAUGCUGGAGGAAGUGGAGCAGGUGCAGUGCGAUAUCCACAACCAGGCCAAGGGACACCUGGAGAAGCUCAAGCGGGACAGGGCCAAGGAGCGCGUGCAGCAGCGAAUUCAGCGGAAUGAAAAGCUAGCGAAGGAGCUGGCUCCUCGCCUUCACUACAGCGCUCGUGAGGAUGAGGAGCGCCAUAAGCGUCAGCUGGAGGAAAUGCGAAAGAUUCAUUCUGCAGAGCAGGCCAAGAAGAGAGAAGUCCAAGAGCGGGCCAAAAACGCUCGUUUGGCAAUCCAAAAAGAGGAGGAGGAACUGGCUCGGAAGAUCAAGCAGCAAGAGGAGGAAGACCGCCGUGAGGCUGUGGAACUUCGCCUCCAGAACGACCACACCAAUGUCCAGUUCAAGCGGCAGCAGCGUCAGGAGCAAUUACAACGCAUGAAGGAUCUACGCAAACAGCUGGACGAACAGGUGAAGAAACGCAUCGAGGAGGAAACGCGUCCGGACACCAACUACAACAGGGAGGCCCAGUUGGAGGAGCUACGCGAGGAUGCGUUCUUCUUUGACUAUGCCCGCCAGUUGAUGGGCGAGGCCACGGCCAAGGGUUGCCCACUGAAGCCAUUUGUUCGAGCUGUUGGUCAGUACAAAAAUGAUAAUCGUAUUGGAGCAGGGAUACGUGUUCCAGCUCACAUGGUCACACACCUGCCAAUGGGCAGACGCACUGAAGGCGAUAGUAAGGCGGAGGGCAAGGCCAAGCCUGCUUCGGAACUGGAACCCAAUGCGGAGAAGCUGAGCCAGGAGGAGCAGCUCCAAAGACAGAAGAUUGAAGAGAAUAUCAAGAAGAUUGAGGAGUUGAUUUUGCAGGAGCAAAAAGCUAAGAAGGAGGCCAAGGAUGUGGAAGGGGAAAAGUAAAGAAUAUUACUUUUAUAUUUGUAAGAUACCUUUUUUAUAUCUAAGAAAAUUUAAGAAAUUUUAUUAGUAAUAAAAUAUAGCUAACAACAUUAAAGAAACCUCAAAACAAAACUGUUGAAAAUGAAACCCACCAACUUGACUUGGUUUGCGGUUAAGUUUGGCUGUAACUUGAAGGCAAAAUAUU